AUGCAGGCUAUCAAGCGCUCGACCCUCAAGAUCGGUAUGAUCCCCGCCGACGGCGUGGGCCGUGAGGUCCUCCCUGCCGCUCAGCGUGCUAUCGAGGCUCUCGGCUCGGCCAUCCCCAAGCCUGAGUUCAUCCCCCUCAUUGCUGGCUGGGAGGAGUUCAACAAGAACGGCAAGGCCCUUCCCGAUGAGACUGUCCGCGUCCUCAAGGAGGAGUGCGAUGCCGCCAUGUUCGGCUCGGUCCAGUCGCCCUCGCACAAGGUUGCCGGCUACAGCUCGCCCAUUGUCGCCCUCCGCAAGCACCUUGACCUUUACGCCAACAUUCGCCCCGUCGCUUCGGUCCCCGGCACCGCCGGCCCCGAUGUCAACCUCGUCAUUGUUCGCGAGAACACCGAGUGCCUCUACAUCAAGAAGGAGGAGAUCCACGACAACGCCGACGGCUCCAAGACCGCCUUCGCUACCCGUCAGAUCACCUCGAAGGCUUCGGAGCGUAUUGGCCGUAUGGCCUUCGAGCUUGCCCUCCGCCGCGGCGCCGAGCGUGCUGCCCCCGGCGCCCCCGCUACCUUCUGGAAGGGCCCUCCCAAGGUCACCAUCGUGCACAAGUCUAACGUGUUGUCAGUGACCGAUGGCCUUUUCCGUGAGACUGUUCGUGCUGUCAAGGAGAACGACGGCGGUCGCUACGACGGCGUCGAGAUGAACGAGCAGCUCUUCGACGUUGCCGUCGCGCCCAACCUGUACGGUGACAUUAUCUCGGACGGCGCGGCUGCGCUCGUCGGAUCGCUCGGUCUCGUCCCCUCGGUCAACGCCGGUGACAACUUCUUCAUGGGUGAGCCCGUCCACGGCUCGGCUCCCGACAUUGCUGGCAAGGGCAUCGCCAACCCCAUUGCCUCGAUCCGCUCGGCUGCCCUCAUGCUCUCGUCGAUGGGCUACCUCGAGGCCGCUACCCGCAUCAACGCUGCCGUUGACGCCGUUAUCCUCGAGGGCAAGUACUCCACCCCCGACCUUGGCGGCAAGUCGACCACCGACGAGGUCACCGAGGCUAUCCUCAAGAAGAUCUAA